UCUUUCGACAGAUUCGAAUACAGAAUAUGAACAAAUUUAUCUGUGUUUCCUCAAUGACAUCAAUUAUCACAUUCUAUAAAUAUUUGACAAUUGAAUCGUACUAUAAGAUAAGUGUGCGAUAAAGUAAUUUAAUCCAUUUAUUACUCAGAUACAAAUUGUAAUUAACACGUAACACGCGCUCGCGAUAUGAUGUCAAAAGUACAAAAGUUUCAAAUAUAAAUUUCUAAAAGAGAGGAGUCAAAAAAAUUUUUCGGAAAGUGCAAUUCCCCUAGAAACUCAUAGGGGAGGGCGUGACGUCACAAUAGUGAUAAACUAAUCGGCUAGUGUGUCGCGCUGACGACUGCGAAACACAAGCGUCGAAGGUCCGACUGCGCGUCCGUGGAGGCGGUUAUCACGCACGGUCCGUCUCCGUCCUCUGUGCCAGUGUGUCAGUGUAUGUACCCGAGUGUAUCGUGUGUCAAGCUGCUGACAUUGAAAAUAUUCCGUGAUAAGUGCCGCCGCCGUCGCCGUCGCCGUCACCGCCGCCAUCGCCGCUGCCGCCGUCGCCGUGCAUUCACCGAUGUUGAAAUGAAGCAGAAGCGCGUAAUAUAUGGCGACGCGCGGAAACUGUGCGAGAGACAAACGCAGUUGGCCCCGUACGGGCCUUGCCUCGCGUCGGACUAACGAUCAAUGGCUUUAUUCGAGAAGAGAUACACGAAUAAGGUGCUAUUAGAUGAUACGGAGCAGUUGACGAGUGUCAUCGAAAAUGCGAGGACCAUCGACGGACAUACGGAAUACGUAAUCAAAACACAGAGAGGUCCACUUCCUGAAAGAUCUUGGAGAGUGAGUAGACGCUACAAUGACUUCGUACAGCUUAAUGCAGCUUUGUCCAUAUCUGGCUUCGACCUGCCAUUACCACCAAAAAGAAUUAUUGGUAAUAUGGAGCCAGACUUUAUAGCUCAGCGACAAAUAGCACUGCAGAAUUAUCUAAACAUAGUACUAAUGAAUCCUAUACUGGCAUCUUCACUUCCCAUGAAAAAGUUUGUAGACCCUGAGAAUUAUACAGCACCAUUACAUGAAAUCGCAUUACAGCAAGUGUCAUUAGCGUUACGAAGCGAUGCCAAUUUUGAAGUGUGCAAGCCCAUCCCUGAUAUGGGAUGGCGAUUGAGGAAACAUUAUUACACAGUGAAGAAUCGUCAGAAUCCGAAACAAGAACUUUUGCUAGCUUGGGUAGAAUUCGGUCCCGAUAAACAUUUGCAAGACAAAGACAUACAAGGGAUUUUCAAGACCCUGGGCACUCUACGCCAUUCUCACAUCGAACCGAUAGUGCAUCAGCACGUCACCGACAAUGGAGCACUAACGAUACGGACUUUUUAUCCAACGGGUACUUUGCGCGACAUUCUGUGCAUUACUAAGCCUAAGCAGCCGUUUAUAAAGAAAUAUGGAAAUCCGAAGCAAAUAAAGUCGCUGACAACGCAGGAGAUUGCUACGUACGGUUAUCAGAUAUUGGAAGCUUUGGGAUAUCUCCAUGAGAAGGGAUUACCUUACGGACACUUGCAUACUGGCAAUGUUCUCCUAACUCCGAGGUGCGCCAAAUUAUUGGAUAUAGAAAAUGGACUCCUAGGAUUGCCAGCGUUUUACCGGCCUUACGUAGUACAAAGGCGCAAACUGCAUGCCACGACCCAGGUCGACGUGUAUUCAUUCGGACAUGUUCUGUACGAGAUGGCAUUCGGCCGACCACUUCUGGAGGCAACAUGCUCCGACCUACCGCACUGCGAAGCGAGCCUAAAGAAUUUACUGGAGGUCAUCCUGUCACCGGAAGCCCUGAAGCAAGAUUUGCCAACGGUGGCGCACUUGCUGCAGCAUCCGUUCUUCGAGUCGGCGAGGCAGGCCGCACUAGCUAUUGGCACUAUAGAGAAGCCACACUUCAAGCUGAGCAAUCACCUGAAGGAGGCUCUACAAGAAGCUGUAAAUAAGGCUGAGCAACGACUACGCGAUGAACAGAAGGUCGCUCGACACCAGAAGAGGCUCGUCAAGGUUCAAGAGAUGAUGAGCUCCGAGGAGGAGAUGAAGAAACGAAAACAUAAGCUGAAGAAGGAGCAGAAAUUGGCGCAAGAACAACGUUCCGCGUCGCAAUUGGGCGCGAACGGGACGAAGCAGAUAAACGGUAAGAGUCCAGAGCGUUCGGACAGUCCAACGAGUACUUCCACGGCCACCAGCGUUGGAACGCUGACUCCCCCGUCGCUCCGUUCCGUGGAAAUCCCACAAGACGUAGUUCCUGGCAAAGGUGUUCCACCACCACCGCCACCUUCGUUGCCAACAUCGUCUGAAGCGUCCGGUGGUGCGUCGAGUAACGUAUUAAAAUCGUCGAAUGACCGUGCCGCUCUACUCGGAAGCAUCUGCACUUUCGACAAGACUAGACUGCGGAGGAUCGCGAACGGGCAUCGUUAGAAAGUUAGAUUACGGAACGUAGUCGUAUGCUGGAAGCAAGGUGAAACCUUUCGAUUCAUUUUGAUUGUCACGACAAUUGAUUGGCGAUCAUAACCGAAUGAGAGUCAAGGGCGCACUUUCCCCGUAUAAUUAUUGGAAAAUUGCAUUUUUCUAGUCCGACGUAUCUCCUUUUUUACAAUUAUAACAUUUAAUAAAAUCGUAGAACUUUCUAGCACGUAUUCUUUUUUAUCAAGCCAAUUUACACAAUCGAUUUUUCUGUUAUAUCUCAUUGUUAAUCAUGUCUUAACUUUCUCGUUCUGUAAAUGUAUAUAUAUAUAUACUUUGAAUUGGUUCGAAUAUCGAAAAAGGAUCAGAGAGAAAAAGAAUAGUGAUACAGCGGAGUGAUAGUACGUAUGCGUAUUAAGUAAAGUUUCUCUUGUUACACUUAUCUACUGUUCUGUCUAUUCAAAGUUUAUGAUAUACGAUGCGUAAUACGCACAUGCAUACCCUGUACGUAUGUAUAUGCUGUAUUAUGUGUAUAAAUACAUUUCCUCGUGUUCGCGCGGUGCAAUACAAAGGUUCGUAUGCCGCUUUUAUAUCGCUCGUAAGAUCAUCCAGUUUUACGGAGUAAGAACGUGCCAAGGAAUACGCGAUCUUCGUAAUGAUAAAUAAUAUGACGAUAACCAGUAGUGGGCCAUAGUGUAAUCUAUUUCUAUAUGUGAGAACAACGUCAAGUACGUGUACUGCAUAAUCCGUUUAUCUGUGGAUAUAUAACGAAUAUUGUAAUAUAAUAUGUAAUCACACCUUUUAAUACACUUGUCACUAAUUUAGGUGUACAUGCCGAUAGCGUAAUAAUUAUGAUUAUUUCGUUGAGAAUGACUGGCAGAAAUAAUUUCAAGAAAAAACGUAUAUAAGUAUCGGAGUAACGAUAAAAUGCCUGCCUCUGGAUCCACUACAUCGGUAUCACUUUCCAAAAACGUGUUUGCAUACUCGAAUAAAACGAUAUCGAUUGUCUUGUACAAUAUUUAUAAAUUUAUAUUUCAUUGAAUAGAUACACGCAGCCUAUAUAAUAUUAUAAAAAUUAUUAUUUUAUUUGAUUAUAUAAAUAUUUUUUUGGAGACAAAUAUUGAAUUGAUGGAUCCAGACGAUAGAGGCAGAAUUAAUAUCCACUGGCAAAAAAAAAAACAA